UUUUUUAGUCCGUCCGUCGGUCUGUCCGAUCGUGAAUAGACAUGAAUAUAUGUUAUUAACUUCCCGGGGAUGAUUAGGGAUCGAAGAUGAACAGUUUUUGCCAAAGAAUUUGUGAGUGGAAAUUCAUACGAGUAUAUCGAAAGUUAUACGUGUGACAUUUGCCCUCUGAUUGGUGGACUAUUCUAUCUGCUGUGGUGUUGGGCAGAUACGUUUGGCAGACACAGUCGAAAAGAUAUUGUGAGCAAAAGUCGUUUUUACCAUCAGGGGCAAAUACUAGAUGUAGAAUUUCAGUAUAUGAGGUUUAUAUAAUUGUUACCAUUUCCGUCACUUUGUUGGACGCAAUUACUCUCUGAGAAUAUAUUCCGCAAUCGUCAAGCAUUCAAAUUGUGACCAUGUUAUACAAUUGAGUAACAAUGUAUAAACAAAUUUAAUUAUAUGAGGUUUCCUGAGUUUUUAUUGGGAAAAAGUGAUCAUCGAUUUCUCAACAAACCAUAGAAGUUUAUAACAAUUAUUCAUCAUCCAUAAAAUUCAAAUAUCCAUCCAUAAAAUUCAAUUAUUCAGAGGCAUUCUGCAUAAUACAUUUAAGAAAAAUAACUGUUGACUAUUUAUAAAAAACUAUUGACGCAUAUAUAUAAAGACCUGCGUGUUGUUCCUAGAUAAAAAUUUCCCCUCUGUCCUGUAUGAAGCAAAGUUAUGAAAAGUAAAAAUUGGCAGAUUAUGGUUUAUGGAAAAAAGGUGCACAGCCACCCGCAACAUACAUUACCACGAUGCUUAUUUCUGAAUCUAGGUGCCUUAAACCCUGUUUUCAAAUCAGCUCAAAAUGGAAUAAGAUCAGAAGAAUUUAUUGGAGUAAUGGCUGCAAAGAGGAAUUUUGUUAGUUUGGAGGAACUGCUAGGCAAGCACAGCGCAGGACCACCACCCGGCCACACCCCUGCCCAGGCUCAGCAGCAGCCCAGUGCUUCACCGUCAGCUCAAGGGACGGCUCUGAUACCACAGCAGUACUCUACCAAUGGCAUGAUAUUCUUAAUUGCGUGCGCGAUGAGCUUCUUCGGACUUCGGGAGGCCGCUCGGACUCCGGGCGGGCACCUCGUCUUCGGGCAGGAGCCUCGUCGGACGGCGGCGGCGGCGGCGGCGCCGACUCGCGCUGACGGCGGCGGCGCGGACGCGGAGGAGGCGGCGUGGUUGGCGCGCGGCGCGGCGUGGCUGCAGGAGCUGGGCCGGCGGCUGGCGGAGGAGCGCAGCGGGCGGCGGCGCGCGGAACUACGCCUGGAGGAGCGGCAGCGGGCGCUGGACGAGCGCGUGGCGCGCGUGGAGGAGUCGCUGCAGCGCGCCCUGGAAGGGCUCAUGCCCAAGGUGGAGGAACUGCUAGGGAAGCACCGUGCAGACCCACCACCCACCCACAGCCCUGCCCAGGCUCAGCAGCAGCCCACUGCCUCACCGUCAGCUCAAGGGACGGCUCUGAUACCACAGCAGGCUCGCCCCGCAAACGGCGCCGUCGCUGCACGAGGCAGCCGCGCGCGGGACGUGGCGACGCUGGCGGCGGCUUGCUGGCGGCCGCACGCCGCGUGGGCCAGCGACGACGCCGGGGCGACAGUCGGCCGCUGCCACGACGGCGGGCGGCGGGCGGCUAGGCGGGACGCGCUGGAGGCGCUCCCUGCGGCCGGCGCGGACGCGAAAGCGUGCGGGCGCGCGGCCGCUCGCGCGCUGCAGCGGCGCCGCCGCCGGGCGGCCACGCCGCGCGCGGUGGGCUCCUGGCGCCGGCUCGCGCGGCGACUGGAACGCGCGCGAACGCCCGCGGCGCCACCUCGGCCUCGGCGCUGGCGCGCGAGCGGCGCGCGACGCCCGCGCGCGGCCGCGCUGCUGGAGCGCGGCGCCGCUCCCGACGCCGCCAGACGCGACGCGCGCUCCCCGCUGCUGCUGGCCGCGCCGCGCCGCGCGCCGCAGACGGCCGGCCGAACGCCCUCCUGCGCCACGGCGCCCCGCCGACGCCGCCGACCGCGCCGGCCGAGACCGCCGCUGCUGGCCGCCGCCAAGGCCGCGCACCUCGGCGUGGUGGCGUGCCUCGUGGGUAGAGGCGCCCACUUGGAGGCGGCCGACAAGGACGGGGAGACCAGCCUGCUGGCGGCGGUCAAGCGCGGCCACGUCGACGUCGUCCAGUGCCUGUUGGAGAACGGCGCCGACGUGGAGGCCGCCGACAAGGAAGGAGAAACAUCCCUUGUGUGGGCUGUGAAAGGUGGGCAGAGUGAGAUGGUGAAGUGGCUUUUGGAGAAAGGAGCCAAUCUAGAAGCGCACGACAAGGAAGGAGAAACUCCUCUCGUGUCUGCUUUGAAGCGUAGGAGUGUGGAAAUAUUUACGUGGCUUUUGGAAAAAGGAGCAAAUGUUGAUGCAGCUGACAAGACUGGAGAAACUUCUCUUAUAUACGCUGUAAAACAAGGGAAUGCUGAAAUAGUUAAAUGUCUUUUAGAGAAAGGAGCAAGUGUUGAUGCAAUUGACAAGGAAGGGGAAACCUCCCUUAUACGUGCUGUGAAGGGUGGGCCAAGUGAAAUUGUUAAAUAUCUUUUAGAUAAGGGAGCAAAUGUGGAUACAAUUGACAAAAAUGGAGAAACCCCUCUGUUAUACGCUGUAAAACAAGGAAAUGCUGAAAUAGUUAAAUGGCUUUUGGAGAAAGGAGCAAAUGUUGAUGCACCUGAUAAGGAAGGAGAAUCUUCCUUUAUUUGUGCAGUGAAAAGUGGACACAGUGAAAUUGUUAAAUGUCUUUUGGACAAGGGAGCCAAUGUAGAUUUAGCUGACAAGAAUGGCGAAACUCCUCUGCUGUUCACUGUAAAACGUGGGAAUGCUGAAAUAGCUGAAUGGCUUUUAGAGAAAGGUGCGUAUGUUGGUGCAGCUGACAGGGAAGGAGAAACCUCCCUUACUUAUGCUGUGAAAGGUGGUCAUAGUGAUAUUGUAAAAUGGCUUUUGGAAAAAGGAGCAAAUGUUGAUGCAGUUGACAAGAAUGGAGAAACCCCUCUGCUGUACACUGUAAAACGUGGGAAUACUGAAAUUGCUGAAUGGCUUGUGGAGAAAGGCGCAAAUGUUAAUGCAGUUGACAAGGAAGGAGAAACCUCUCUUUUGUGUGCUGUGAAAGGUGGGCAUAGAGAUAUUGUUAAAUGUCUUUUAGAGAGGGGAGCUAGUGUAGAUGCAGCCGACAAGAAUGGAGAAACUCCUCUUGUAUACACUGUAAAACAAGGCAACACUGAAUUAGCCAAAUGGCUUUUAGACAAAGGAGCAAGUACAGAUACCACUGACAAAGAAGGAGAAACCUCCCUUGUGUGUGCUGUAAAAGGGGAGUAUAGUGAAAUAGUUGCACUGCUUUUGGAGAAAAAAGCAAAUGUGGAAGCAACCCACAAGGAUGGGGAAACUCCACUUGUGUAUGCAGUUAAACAUGAAAACUGUGAAAUUGUUAAAUGUUUGUUGGAGAAUGGAGCAAAUGUUGAAGCAAGAGACAAAGAAGGAGAAACGCCUCUUUUAUGUGCCCUGAAAGGUCAGCAAGGUCAAAUAGUUAAAUGGCUUUUAGAAAAAGGUGCAAAUGUAGAAGCAAGAGACAAAAACGGGGAAACUCCACUUAGGUAUGCUGUUAAACAUGGAAAUACCGAAAUAGUUAAAUGUCUGUUGGAAAAUGGAGCCAAUGUGGAAGAAAUUGGUAAGGAAGGGGAAACACUUCUUUUGCUUGCAGUAAAACGUGGAAAUACGGAAAUAGUCCGAUGUCUCCUGGAGAAAGUAGUAAAGUUGGAUGCAACUGAUAAGGAAGGGGAAACUCCCCUUGUUUGUGCUGUGAAAGAUGGACAUAAGGAAAUAGUUGUUUGGCUCUUAGAGAAAGGAGCAAAUGUGGAAAUGGGAAUCAAGGUUUCCCCAUUAUUAAUGGCUGUUACAAACAAGAGAAGUGAAAUAGUAAAGUUACUUCUGCAAAAGGGAGCUUCUCCUACAAGGCAAUGCAAUAACAGUGACAGCCCCCUGUAUGUUGCAUCCAAGGCAGGGUAUGCAGAUAUAGUAAAAGAAAUGGUGAGAGUGGUUAGUGAGUCGGACCUUACAGAGGUGUCACGCUGUCUCAAAAAUGCUAGCAAUGCUGAAGUGGUGUGGAGUUUUGCGGACGGCCUUCGUGAUUUGGUGCUGGGACGAGCAGGGGAAGAAGCACUUCUUCAAUCUGCGAGUGACGGUCGCCUGGAUGUACUAGAAGCUCUUCUGCAAGUGGGUGUUAAUCCAAAUGCUUGUGACACAUUUGGAGAUAGUGCUUUGCACAACACUUGCUACAAGGGCCAUUCGUCAUGCCUAAAGAAGUUGUUGGAGGCUGGUGCUGACCCUAGUGUUAAAAAUGCAAGAGCAGAAACUGCUAUAAUAAGUGCUGCCAGAUGCAGGAACAGUAAAUGCGUCAUUGCACUGAUAGAGGGUGGUGUGGAAGUUAAUGCUGUAGAUGGAGAUAGUUACACUGCUCUUCACUGGUCAGCUCAUUAUGGAAAUCUUGAAUGUGUGCGAAUGUUGCUGAGAAAAGGAGCAGACAAGAACUUGAAGACAAGUAUGGGCAAAACAGCCUUGGAUAUGGCAUUAAAAAAUAACAAUGUGUGUGUUCACAUUUUGAGAUCACAUAAUUCCCAAGCAUUUAUAUAA